AUGGCUGUGGCAACUUUAACAGACUCGAUGAGAAACACUCACUUGAGUGACAGCUUAGGAGAGCCGGAAUGCUUAUUAUUCAACCCUCAAGGAGAUACCUCAUGGCUGCAAGAGAGACUCGACAAGAUUCCCCGCUUUCUCUUUCGCGUCGCAUCGCCUCGUUCUGAUGGGGAAACCAAUGAGACAUGGGUGCGUUCAGAAUCUGCGAGUAGGGACAAGGUACGGUGUCAAGAAGACACCUUCUCCGCUUUGAACUCCGAACGGCGGAGGGUUAUUGCUCGUGCACUGAACGAACAUCUUCGGUGGUGGCCAAAGUAUAACUCGAAUGACAAUUUCGUAUCGUGGACAAGCUCGUUACUUUUUGCACUGCAGUAUGUCUUCUAUCGGCACUUGAGUGCCAGUGAUGGAUCAAGCCUGGAGGAAAUCAAGUUGUAUGUUCUAGACACGACACGGUUCCCUCGAGGAACAUUCAUUCGUGAUUUAGAUCUUAUUGGUGCCUUCCGUAAAUUCGAUGACCAUCCUUUUUGGAAAAACCUGGAUAAUUUGUGGCGUCUGCGAGUUGAUCACGGCUAUUAUUUUGGGGAAUACCUCUCUCAAGGGUCACUGAAGAUUGUGGAUAAGUGCCAAAUGAUCACCGCGCAAGCGCUCACCGAUGAAAAUAAGCUGUACAUUUUGCAGCCUCUAUUUAAGGAAAGGUGCAAACCCCCGCAGAAGAAUGAAAGACCGGACUGGACCAAGGAGGUGCGUCGUUUUCGCAGUAUCAUCUGGCCAAAUGCACGUUCACCACAAACUCCAUCGGAAGAAAUGCACGAUAAGAUGAAGGCAGUUCACGGAAUUGCAAAUAUGUUCGACCCUGGAUGGAAGCUCCCCUUAGCAGUCUAUUUUGCGGCUCUAAUUGAGCCAGAGACAGAAGAACAACAGAGAACAAAUGUCGACACGGUGUUCUCUGCGUCCUUUAGGUCCAAUAUCUUUUCCGGUUCGUCUAGUUCCUCUUCAUCAUUGCAACCGAUAUUUAACCGAUUUCCAAAUCGUCCAGAAGAAGAAAGGAAGGCCUAUGCGCCUUUGGACGUCAAAGUCAUUGCUCCAGAUACCAUGCCCGAACUGAUACGAGUCCAAGAUAUUUUUCGCGAGAUCUACAAGGAUUCCCGACUUAGAACGGCAUUCGACCUUGUCGCAGAAGCCGAGAGCAGUAUUCGCAGUUUACAUAUCAGAAACGUUUGUGGAGACCAAGAAGACACCCUUGUGGCUGCUGAUUCAAGGGCAGGCCAGAAACUACUGUCACAGCUUGACACAAUAAAAUAUCUGUGCGAACUUGUGUCACGGGAAAUUUUGCCUUCAAUCGCAAAUGAGGAUUAG